GAUGGCUUCUUGAUUAAUAUUCAAUAAACAAUCAAAAAAAAAAAGAAAAACUAAAAGAAAAUUUUUAAAUUUUAUUAAUAAAAAAAGGAAAACAUAAGGCAAAUACCAAGUUUCUUUAAUGACAUCCGGUGAAUGGGAUUUACGUGCCCUUAAAGCACUCGAAGAAGAAGAACAAAAAGAAUUUUUGGCCUUAUCACAGAAAUCCCUCUUCGAGCCACCCUCACCGCCACCACAAGCCAAACAGAUAAAUGCACAACAUUUAAUACACUCCGCCUUAACGGAACGUGAAAGAUGCCAACAACCUGCAUCCGUGGCAGCCACAGUGGCGGCAGCAACAUGUAAUUCAACAAAUUAUAUGCAAUUGCAGGCACAGCAAUUACUCAAAUUACCCACUAUCAAUGAACAUCACAAUCAUUCAUACUUGCAAAAGCACAAAACGAAAUCGAGCGACAGUAGUGGGGGAAGACUUAAAUUUACCAAAGUUUUAUCAUUAUCAGCUCACUCCCUGACAAAUCGUUUUGGUAGCGGUGUUAGUGGAGGUGGCGGGGGUUUGAAAAAGGCCAAAAGAGCCAGUGGCUCAAAUUCACCCAGUCAUUAUGGAUCGCCCUCACCUCUUUACACACCGCCACCCACAAGACGUUGCAACACUUUGCAUCACUCACAGCCACAAGCAAGAAAAGCCUUUAAGACUCUACAGCAAUUGGAAAAACAAAAGCAGGAACGCAAACAGGAGGCUCUUAACAAGAAUCGUACCUUGCAGCGCAUAGCAGGCACCAACAAAACCUAUUGGAAAUAUGGCAUACACUCAACGGCCAACUCCAUAACACAACAACAUCAACAGAAGUUGCAGCAAAGAAAAAGUAUAACCUCAGAGUUGGAAUCCAACACCUCAGACGAAUUGGGUUCCGAGGAAACACAACCAAUUGAUAAUGUCCAGCAAUUGCAAGAGGAACGUGAACGUUUAAUAGAUUCACAAAAUAAUAAGGAGGUAAAACCUUCACUGGCUGUACAAUAUAAUGACGAAGAUGAUGACGAUGCGAAUACUGAAGAAAUAGGUUCAUGUUCAGUGCCAUUGGCCACCGACUCUAUGGAAAUGAUGAGUUUAAUGUUAACGGCUGCCUCAACAGCUGUUAAGACACAACCAACUUUAACAUCAUUAACGACAGGCGGCAAUCCACCACCCCCCGAUAUAGCAGCAACUAGUGUCGGUGUUGUUGAUAACACUAUUGGCAUUGCUGAUUUUCCCAAAUACUUUACUCUAAAUCAUCACAAUCUAAGUGGUACAAGUGGUGCUGCCAUGGACAACGAAAACGAAGAAACUGUUGCUUAUGAAGCUUUUCAUAACAUGCUCUCACGGCGCAAAAGCUUUGCGGGCGAAAAACUACUGAGAGCCCAAACCUUGCAACGAAAUUCAAGUUUACAACAUGAUGUCGUAACACAGCCACAACAGAAAUCACAAUCACGUAAUGUUAACAACAGAGUGCUGUUAAAGUCCUCAUCUGUUGAGGCACCUUUGUCAUCGUAUCUGGAUUUUAACAUAAAUUCCACAACCAUUAUAACAAAUCCCCUAAUAACAAACAUAAAAUCUGCCAACAAACAGACGCCGACGACGGCAAUGAAAUCUGUUAAAACCUCUUGCUUGUCGAGCAAAAAACUUUUAACUCCUGCUGCCCUCUUGACAAUACCAUACAAUAAUGGAACAUCCGGCGAAUUGAAUCAACAGCAACAGAAUAAUCAAGAUUGUAACCAAAUGUGUGCCAGUGAACUUCAUCAUCAUCUGCAUCAUCAUCAACAGAAACAGCAACAGCAUCAUUUGCAUGUACAGAAUCCAGCAUAUCAUUCGCAGCAUUUGCAGGCUCAACAUCUUCAUCAUUUGCUGGAUGGCAAUGAGUUGAAUACAUCAUCAUCGUUGAUUAUUGACGAUGAACUUGAGGAACAUAUCAAGCAAUGUUCAUGCUCCUGUAAUCAUAUGGGUUAUGGCAAUUCAAUGGAUUACCAGGUAAGAUUAUUACCUUUUAUGGUUUCUUUAUAG